AUGGUAGAACCCUUCGCAGUUCUUUCACUGGCCUCCAAUUGUACAAAACUAGCCCAAAAGCUUCAGGAAAUCCGCGAAAGGUACAAGUCUGCCAACAAGACGUUAGGAGCCAUGUCCUCAGAGUGCCAUGUUCUGUGCAUUGCACUCGGUAAAGUGCAGUCAAUGGCGAAAAAAGGUCGACGCGAAUGGCUGAUGGUCGGGGGCCCUCUCCAACAAGGACUCGAGUGUGCCCUCCAAGGUUGCGACAUCACUCUCAGCACGAUAUGGGAGGAGAUUCAAGCUCUCGACGCUGACCCUCUGACGCCUCGGUCGAGCUCCUGGUUCGUCACCAUGAACAUGACCGCCAAGUUUAGGUUUCUCUGGAACGAGAGGCAGAUGAACACAUACCUUGAUCAACUUCGAGGCCAACACAAUGCGCUCCAGCUACUCUUGUAUGCAUAUUCUCUAGAGACUCUAGAGAAUAUGCAAGCAGUGCUAGAAACGCUUACCCCACAUCUUAUCAAGAUCAAGGAGGACACGGCAUCGCUUAGUUCCCGUCGUCGAAUCUCUAACAGGAGUAUCAGCGUCCUGUCUGCUGCACCCAUGAGCAAUGGGAGCCAUCACACGUUCACCUCGGCCAUAUUGGGGAACGUAGGACCGACUUCCCUCGCCGAAAACACGCAACGGCAGAGCCGCCAGCAGCGUACGAUGGAACCUAUCAACGAGAACGAAGACGAGUCUCAUUAUUUCAUCCCAUCACCACUACCACCACCACCACCUCCUCUCUCGCAUAGACACUCAACAUUCUCUAUGCUGUCGGAGUCCGGCACGAGCGCCCAAGGGAGCAACGCGUCGUUUGACAACGGGAGCUCUUUUGGUGUCGGCUCAACGCGUUCGUAUGAAACAGCCUCUAUGGCGUCAUAUACGUCCUCUGGCCCAAGGGGCAACACUAGAUUUGGGUUCCUUAGAAGCUGGGGUCACAAUAAAAGCUUUCUACAUGACCCAGCGUAUGAGGCAACGCUACAGGAACUUCGGACCAUGGCCGGCCCUCAUCACUGGGUGACGGUUUCAAAAACGGUCCACCGUCACGAUAUACACACGGUUGCGACACUAUUCCGUCAAAUGCGCUCCCUCGGGACCGGCGAGCACUUUCAUAUUGCCCUACUUUGUCUCAAGCGGCACGACUUCGAUAUCGUUUAUAUCAGCGGAGCCUUAAGGCAACUUCGCGACCUUGGUGGAGAGUCAGAUUAUGGAUACGUGAUAAAGUACCUUAUAAGUCACGACUACGACAUGGACAAGACACUUGUCACGUUCGUAGACCUGCAUCGACUGUUUUCGACAAAGAGUGCGUAUGCCAGCAUUCUUACGCUCUUGGAGAAAUACAAAUUCAAUUCAGACGAGAUGAUGUCCACUAUCAAGACAAUCAACAAGUCCGCUUCAGGUGGCGAGGCAACCUAUUGUGGGCUUAUCGGCUUCAUCUCGGGUCGAGGCUUCAAUAUGUCCGUGGUCGAGAAAGAGUUUCCAAUCCUGAUGGCGGCAAGCUGGAAACAGACACCAAUAGGCCCCAAAAGGGUGCCAAUUACUGAGGACGUCCUCCUCCGCGAGGAAGCAACGCUCAAAUUGCUGGAGCACAACUCUUACAACGUGCAACUCACUCUCUCGCAAAUUGAUUCGCUUUGUGGGGAAGACACUACUGCAAUCAGAGCGGCUAGAAAGGGUCUCCUCAAACGCCAACCACCGCCAACUAGGAAGUCGCUCCAUUCUUUGAACAACGUGUCUUCAUCAUCUCUGACCAACUCGUCGCGCAGUAUUGCCCGCUCUUCAGUGAUGAGCACAGAGAGCUUUCGCGAGGCGGCAUUGUUUGUCUGCCUUCUUCCAGAUCGACCACGCCUCCCUCUCAAGGUGCUCCAAAAGUCCAAUUACGACUACCGCCAAACACUCGACAAUCUACAGUGGCUGAAGGGGAUUACAACGACACCAGACAAUCUGCGCAAGGCGUUGGAACAUGGACAAUACGACAUUGGCAAUAUCAAACCACUCUACAACAAAAUGUGCACCAUGAUAUCCGGUAGCAAUGCGCCUUUAGCGGUGGUCAAUGAGGUACUCGAAGCACACGACUGGGAUUUCGGAAUGACGGCUGAGCUUUUGGAGCGGUGGAAUCAGAAAGUGACGCCUGACAGGGAUUUGAGGACGAUUGUCGAGGACCUGAAAGCCGCAGACUGGGAAGAAGAGUGUCUAUGGCCUGUUGGAAAAGUAGGAGCAGGACAGAUCUCGCCUGUUCCUGUGCCCAAACAACAAAAAAUUGAGCCUCCUGUACCAGGAAGCCAACAACGACCUGAACCUACCGAGGAAACCAGUGAACCAGAGUCUGUCUCUCCUGUACCAGGAAGCCAACAACGACCUGAACCUACCGAGGAAACCAGAGAACCAGAGUCUGUUUCUCCUGUUCCAUUCUCGGUAACGCCAUGUCUCGAGGCAGAGAAGAUCGAGCUCAUUUGCGACGAGUGGGACCAGCUCUCGCCAAUUGGGAACCACUUCUCUAGCAUACAUAACGCGCUUUGGGGAUCUUUGAUGUCAGAUGGGCAAGCAAACGAUGUCAGGAAUACCAUGAAAGCAUUCAAUAUGUCAGCGUCGAAAUUUGCCGUAUACUGGGAGGAGUUGUGCACCCACAUGAGGUCAUUUUACACCUACAUUCCCUGGGUAGUUCCAACCUCUCCACUCUCGGACUUUUUGCAGUUCUGGAGUCUUUACACCGACUCAUAUCCCCAAUCAGUCGCCAGAAAGGUGAUCACUACGGCCUCGUCUGCCGAGGCUUUCUUACAGGCGGACCUGCUUCCUUGCAGCGCACGACUCGGCUCCUCGCUUCAAUCCUACCUUGAUAUAUGUACCACCCGGUACGAAGAAGCACAACAGACACAGUCAAUGCUGCCCUACCUCGUCCAAGACCCCUUUCAGGGACAACACGACGUCGACUUCCCCUCUCCUGGAGAGAUAGUACCUCUCAAGAAUGCCUGUAAUAUCGGCGAACUACGCCUCCCAUAUCUUGGAACGUUGUGUCGAGAGAUACGCUGGCAUUUCGAAGCAAUUUCCGAGCUUCCAGAGAUGAAUAUCGGUAUUGAGUAUAUGCCUCCAGAUGCGUGGACGCUGCAGAGACUCUGUUCUGAGUGGCAAAUCGCUCGAGCCGCGGUCGUACGGGAACGACCGAAAGUCUUUGACUACAUUCCAAUUAGCACACCCUAG